UCUCAGAUAGUUAGGAAUGAUUUUUCUCAGCGUGUGUUUGUAUAAAACUUAAUAUGAUCGUUUUUUAAGACUCACAGUUUACGUGAUUUGUGUGUUUAAAUGUGUAAAUUACAAACCAGCACGUAGCUAGGCACUAUGAUUGCUUUUUAGUCAGACGUUAGCAUUAGCUGUAUUAGCCAAUAGCUGUCUGAUUAAUAUAAAUAUAUAAAAUAAUCGCUGUUUGUGGAGAUAUUUGACAAAAUGUUUACAAAUGAAUCUCUCGAUGUUAUUGGCGUUGAAUCAUCGUGGAGAAAAUCCAGCCAACAGCAGAACGAUUCGAAAGCCUGCCAGACGAUGCCGGUUCAGACCGCCGAGACAGAAACUCAGGCCAGAACGGUUUCAUCCAGCGGCACCCAGACCGAUCCACCCGAGAUCCUCGGUGAUCAGCUCAUACUGGAUGAAGAUCUCCCCUCUCACCUCCUGCCCGGUCUGCUGGACUUCCUGCAGCGUGUGGAGGACACGGUCAUCAGGGAGCUGGUGAAGAACGUGAAGAGUCAUGCUUUUGAUGGAUAUGAUGUAAACUGGGCGGAUCAGAAUCAGACGGUUUCGUGUUUAUACAGCCUCCGGUACCCGGGUGCUCAGGUCAGAGGGCUGCAGGUCACCGGUGUGUCGUGGAACUGUACCGGCUCUGUAAUCGCCUGUGCAUACGGACGCGUUGAUGAUGGAGACUGGAGCUCGGAGAGAUCGUACGUGUGCACGUGGAAUCUGGACCGACGAAGUCUGAACCCCAAACAGCCUGACACGGUUAUAGACGUUCCGACAGCGGUCAUGUGUGUGUCCUUCCACCCCCUGCGUCCAUCCCUGAUUGCAGGAGGGCUGUACAGUGGGGAGGUUCUGGUGUGGGAUACCAGUCGUACUCAGGAUCCUGUACUGGCUCAAACUGGGAUGUGCCCAGAUACCCACAGAGAACCAGUAUAUGAGGUGAAGUGGGUACCCGGGUCUCGUCGUGGAGAUCACAUGGUGCUGAGCGCGUGUUCAGGAGGGAGGAUCCUGUGCUGGAGUGUGGAUGCGGUGGAGGGUAAACUCUCCCUAAAUAACGGUUACGCCCUCGUCAAACAUCAGCUCCCUCAGAACAGCUCGACCAACAAGGCUCGAGGAGGCACCAGUGUAGGCGUGACCUCUCUGGCGCUCUCACCGUGGGAUUCGGACGCCUUCCUGGUGGGUUCUGAGGGGGGUCUGGUCCUGAAAUGCUCCUUCAGCAGUCAGACAGUAGCUGCGCUGCCCCCUGAUGGCGAGAGUGUCACACUGCGCGCCCCGGCGCAGUUCUGUUUCUCACCGAGGGCCGGCCCGGUGCACUCGCUCCACUUCUCGCCCUUCCACAGGAACCUGUUUGUGAGCGCGGCUACGGACGGACUGGUUCACGUCCACAGCGUACUGCAGCCCGGGCCCCUGCUGGCCCUGAGGGUCUCAGACUCGUACGUGUUUGGAGUGAGAUGGUCACCUGUUCGGCCCCUGGUGUUCGCUGCCGUCACCGGGCAAGGUUUGGUGCAGGUAUUCGAUCUGGGUCGGAGGUCACUCAGAGCAGCAGCCACCAUCGAGCAGGAGACCGGGGCGCGGUCGGCGCUGUGCGUGGAGUUUAAUCAGCGGCAGCUCCUGGCGGUGGGCAACGCAGACGGUACCGUCAACAUCUGGCAGCUGAGCACCGAGUUAACGGAACAGCAGCCGAGAGAGAGCGGCGUGCUGGAGCAGCUGGCGGACCAGGUCGCCGAGUGAAGGGGGGAUUCGAUCAGUCAAACUCGGGAAGAACUUGAGUCACGUGACCCUGGAGUGUCAAAUUCAGUCAGUAAAAUGACUGAUUUCACAAGGAUUCAAAACGAUUCCACUACUGACACGUUCAACUAUAAAUACAAACUCACCAGAGAACAAGGAGAAAGUUUACGUAAAGUUUACGUUUGUUAAAUGUUGACCUGUGAAUUUGUGUGUUGAGGUCUGUUGAAUUUGUGAUGUUAUCGGACUACAAAUGAUUUAAAUAAAGCGUCACGCUGAGGAGGUGGAAGUCU